UUUUUAUCGGCAUUUCGAGGUCGUAAUGUGACUCAACAAUAAGUUAAACGUAAUUUUACUUUCAAGUAACACAACUCGACGAUAAAUCGAACGACUCGUUAUUUUGAAAUAUUACAAUUCAACGAAUCAGUCAGAUGUCUCUUAUUCUUUAAUAAUACAUUUCUCCGGGAAGUUAAAUGACUUUUUUUAUUAUCAAGUAGUCCAACUCAACGAUGGGUGGAGCAGUGAGCUUUGCGAGAUCCUUCUUAAAAUAAUCCGACAAACAAGUCGAAUUCCGGCGACUCGUAAACAUGAAGCAUGUAAUAAUAGGUGGUGGAUCAGGUUUCAUAGGAUCACAGCUGAUAAAAUGUCUUUCCCUCGAGGGCAUCUCUUGCACGUGUAUCUCUCGAAUGCCUGGACCACAUAGAAUAUCGUGGAACGAUUUAGAACGCAAUGGUCUACCAGAGGACACAUCAGCUGUCAUCAAUGUUGCUGGACAGAAUGUGCUGGAUCCUGCUCAGAGAUGGACUCCAGGCUUCAAACAAAAUGUCAGGAACAGCAGGGUAAAGACAACAAAGGCUUUAGCCGAUGCAAUACAGAAUACUAAGGCUGAAAUCUUCAUGACCAUAUCUGGAGUUGCAUACUAUAAACCAAAUGGCACUAUGUAUACAGAAGACAGCAAAUGCGAGCCAUACGAUUUCUUAUCAAAACUCUCGCAUGAUUGGGAAGAUGCUGCGCAAUUACCAAAGGAGAGCAACAUCAGACAAGUCACAAUAAGAUCCGGAGUUGUGUUAGGAAGAACUGGCGGCAUGAUCAAGCAAAUAUAUCUGCCGUUUUUCCUUGGCCUAGGUGGGCCGAUAGGUGCUGGCAACCAAUACAUGCCCUGGAUACAUAUUGCAGAUCUAGUUGGCCUGUUUAAAUUUGCCCUUAAAAAUAACAAUGUGCAGGGUAUAAUAAACGGAGUUGCACCUCAGCUUGUAACAAAUGUGGAAUUUACCAAAGCAUUUGCAACGGCGAUGUGGAGACCUGCGGUCAUACCUCUUCCAAAUUUCUUUUUGAAAAUAUUGUUCAGCGAAGAACGAGCAAAAAUAAUGUUGGAGGGGCAGAAAGUUGAACCAAAGCGUGCGAAAGAGUUGGGAUUUAAAUAUCAAUAUCCAGAUAUCGAGAGCGCCUGCAAGCAACUCGUCCAGUAAACUUCUUGUACUUUGUACAAAACUCUGCCCGAUCGUGAUAGAAAUCGUGAUAGAAAUCGAUAGACACGCGUAGCUCAAUUAAUCGUUCUUAAAUUAUUUAUGAUAUAUGCUAUUUGAAUUGUUAACAUUUAAAUGCGAAACUUUACUUCGGUUUUUUUCAUACGUUGUAAUUUAAGGACUGUUAUUUUGUUUAAUAAAAUUAUCGCAAGGCAAACCAA